UGUUUUUCAUCUAAAUGCUUGUCUAUAUACUCUCUGUCUAUCUAUAUACUGUACAUGUCUGUUCAGAAACCUUACACAAGCAGUAAACGCUGUUAUUCUGUCCUGGUACAAAGGACCUUACUCCAGUCACGUCUGUGAAGACAAGAUGAGGUCCAGCUUUUCCUAUGCCGCUGCUGCUGGUACAUUAGACCAUGAUCUCAGUGAGCCACUAUCUGACCAUAGGAUAUCAGAUGGCUGUACACAGUUUAUCAGUGAUCCAGCCACCUAUUGUAUCAGAGCAGCAGGAGUUCUGAGGUACAAUAGGGAGUCUGACAACCACAGGAUAAACUUAACAACCAUUCUUCCAGAGUCCCAGAAUCUGACAAAUCACGCUGUGAAAUGUGAGUACUGUGGAGAAAAGGCCGAACCCUCACUGGAUCUAGCAUGGGUACAGCGGUCUGAGACAGUCCCGCGCUUCUGCUGCAACCAGCGGCGGCAGCUGUUUAAGAUGCUGAUGAAGCAGAGAUGUUUGGCUGGGGGUAGAUGUGACCUGAGGACUGGUACUCCAACAUCAGUGGGAGACAAGCCAGCCACUGAGAUGGAGGAGCUUCUCUUUCAAGGCCGGGAGACGGAGGAUCACAACAAGUUUAUGUUGGACUUACCAAGUGGACUCGGAGAACAAUCAGAAGUGAGAAUCUAUGAGGAUGACUCAUUCCAACUACCUGUAGCAGAAACCUUUGUCCCAGCCUCAAAGCCGUUCAUCUUCCGGCUCUCCUGUGCUCCAGUAAACGGAUGCUUGAGCACAACUGAGACGCACUUGAAAAAAAAAGAGGAAGAGGAGCAGGUGUUGGUUCCUUCUUGUGACCACAAGCCACUUCAGUUUGGCAUGUGUCAUCAUCAGGAUGGGGAAGGAUUUCGACAGAAGUAUUAUUCCAAUGGCGUGAAAUUUCUGACUGUGUUCCCUGACGGUUCUGCUCAGGUUUUUUAUCCCUCAGGCCUUUUGGCUCUCGUUGUGGUGGUCACUGAAGAAAAUGGAAGGGUCUGCGUCGUGUAUGAUGAUGGUGAUGCCCCCUGUCAACCAUUUAGAGCCAUGUUCCAGUCUGACGGCAGGGCGACUUGUUAUCACAGCAAUGGGAACAUAUGGCUGGCCUUAAACAGAUCAGGCGGUCAGUGUUUGGAUGAGGAGGGUGCCAGGGUUCGUCGGUGGAGCUGGAGUAGCCCGAGCCUUACUCCCACCCCGCUGCACCCAGUCUUCCUGUCACUUAACAAAGCCAUCGGGGUUCGAGUCCUAGGGAGAGAAAAAGUGUUCGUCUCCUUCCUGGCAAGAGGCCAACAAGCAAAGUUCAGUGUGGGCACCUGCUGUGUUCAGGAUGAAUGCCCAACAGAUGGGGCUGCUUCAGGGCCAUCAGUUUUGAAAGAGGAGCUGUUAUUGCUGGCAGCCAAGAUUAGGAUCCAACUGGCCUUUCAGCAUCUUCACCAGUACCUGAGGCUGCCGUCACAUCCCCUGCUGCCAAAGUCCACACAAGCCUCUCACCUCCACGUUGUUGCCCAAAGGCUUCUGGAUGUCAGUGCUGGUGUGAUGAGUGAAAGUGAACAAGCCUUUAUCCAUAGAUGUCUUCAAGAGUGUCUUUGAUGUACCAGUAAUAAAACACACUGUAACACGGCGACAGCAGCUCUACCAUGGAGUAUAAAACUCCACGCAGCAGGAUUUUAAAUUUUGACUUAUUUUUCAAAGCUUUUUAUUUUACUGCGGUAUGAUACUUUUAAUAACUAAAGGGAUUCUGACAGACUAAAUCAUUUCAUUUAACUGGAUACUUGUGUACCAAUGUGCUAUAUGGUCAUCACAAUGCUCAGACUUCCAACUUAGGAGGCAUUGUUUUUCAAUCCUAAAUAAUAUUUGAGAUCAUGCCGCUGGGAUCUGAGAAAUUAUAAAAUCAAAAAAAAGUAACAGCAAAAGAUUUGUGAAAAUUAAAGUCCUUCAUCAGACUCCAUAGUGAAGCUAGGUUUCCUUAUUACACCCCCAUGGAAUAGCUCUAUCAGUAACAGACAUUAUCUCGCAGGUUUUCUGCAUUUACUAGUAGAAUAAAAGGGAUGUGACCUUAUUCAGGUAUAUCUAAAAUUCAACAAGUGUGUAUGGCACUGUAACUUCACCUGUUUCAAUCUUGCAUUGUACUCUUGCUUAAUCUGAUUUGUCUCUUCUAAUUGAAUCAGCGUAGAUAAACUCAUCCUAAUCACAUUAGGCUGAGCAGAUGGUUCAAAGAUGCGGAUAUCUGCUUUAUGUGACGAAACAACAAAAAAUAUCUCCAACAUUCAGAUUGCCUAAUGUUUUACUGAACUGAAAACCUUGACGGCA